AUGCCACAAUCUAACUCAUCUAGUAUGGGAUCAGGGCACUCCCUUCGGUCUAAAGGACCUGUUGAAGCCAGCAACUCUGCCACCACACGUUGCGAACAAGGUGCCAAGUGGACUACAGAUGAAGACACAGCUCUGAUUGAAUACCUUUGCCUCCACAUUCCCAGUGAUGGGACAAACUUCAAGAAGCAAACUUGGCAUGGUACUGCUGCUCAUCUCAAGGAGAGGUUUCCUGAGCAACUGGGUGGCGAGAAAACACAAUCAAGCUGUCAAACUAGGUGGAUAAAACUCAAAAAUGGUGCAGGAAUUACUUUGGAGUAUGAAUCUACUUGGAUAAACUUUCUCAAGAGUCAUAAGAAUACAAGCUCAUUCAAAAACACAGGAUUCCCUCAUUUCGAUGCCAUCCACCAGAUAUUGCCAAGAAAGAGCAAGGGCACUUGGGUCCACCACAAUGACUCUGGCCAGCCUGCUGGCACUGCAUCUUCUGCUGUCUCUGCUGUAGCUCUUCCCGAGGCUAGUACUGUGCCACCACCACAACCACUUACCACAUUAAACCUCAGCCAGCUGACUGCAGCUACCAAUGAAAUCAUUUCUAUUCCAUCUCACAUCCAGUCUGCUAGUGGCUUGCCACAAGACAUUCCACCAUCAUUAUCUGCUGUCCCAUCCACAUUUCUUGCAGCUCAGACUACUACUACUGGCUUGGGAGCUAUGUCCUCAGUGCUCACAAGUGUCAGCCACCAAGAUAAGUGCAAAGUUAGUGCGAUAGACUCAGAGGCUGCUAUGAGUGCAUCAAAGUGGUCUCAACCUGUUUCAGCAAGUGUACAGGCCCAGCAUGAUGGUAGCAAGGCAAUGAACAACCUCACAAUCACCAUGGAGGAGAUAUGGCAAAUAUUUGCCAGAACAUCUGCAAGAGCUUCCAUGGAAGACUUUGGCUGUGCCAUCUCCAUGGUCUCCCAGUGUGCAACACUAUCUAGUGAUGAAAGGAUUGAUGUUAUAGACUUCCUUGGACAAGACGACAAGCACGUCGUGAAGUUUCUUAAUAUGGAUGAGAGCCUUUGGUUGAUGUGGGUGCAGAGGUGGCUUGCUGAUCUUCACGCUGCAACUCAGUCAUAA